AUGAAGUUGUAUUUCGAGGCCGAGAAAUUCCUCAAGGGCGGCGAGCGGGGCCUCAAGACCCGCAUCUUCAACGCAAAGCUUUCCAACUCUCCAAAACACAUCUAUGCCUUGGUCAUCUCAGCCUUGAAGUACAAAGAGUACAUCCAGCACAUCGUCCGCAAGGCAAGGCUCAAAGACGCGCCCGAACUAAAAAAAUUGAAGGUGUCCGAGGCGCUCUUGGCUCUUCUAGUGUACGACUUUCUCUUCAGUGCCAAGGGCCGCAUCCAGCUGGGAAAACACCCCGUCAAAGAUGCGUUUCUUGCCAACAAAACGCGGAUGCAGGCGGAGCUCACCAAGCUCAAGUUGAAGCACGGCGUGAAAAGCGUGGCCGAGCUUCCGAUGAAGUCCGGGCUCGACGAUGACGAGACGCCCGUCCGGUGGAUUCGCAUCAAUACGAUCAAGCUCAAUGCAGCGGCGUUUUUCAAGAAACACCCGUUUUUCGCCGAGCUCACGGCCGUGGACGACCUUGCACAGAUCACCGGGCCUGGGGUCAUUUUCAAAGACCCGUAUAUCCAGAACCUCUACGGCAUCCACCCCCGGGAAAAGCUCACCAAUACCAGUGCAUAUCUCCACGGAGAGGUGAUAAUCCAGGACCGCGCGUCGUGCUUCCCGGGGGAGAUUUUGUUCAACGACCCAAGCGAUGUCCACACCCAGAUCAUCGACGCCACGGCAGCGCCAGGCAACAAGACCACGCACGCGGCGUCGUUUGUUGCGCACUCGGAAAACAGCGUUGUUUUCGCGUUUGAGAGGGACGACAAGCGGGUCAAGGUCCUCAAGAUGAUGUGUGAAAAGGCCACCGGCAAGCUGAAGAAGGGCUUGAUCCACCCGACCCACGCAGACUUCACCACGGUCCUGCCCCAGGAUUUCCCCCAGGUUUCGGGCCUUAUCGUGGACCCCUCUUGCAGUGGCUCGGGCAUCUUUGGCCGUGCCAUUGAGGAUGCCUUAGAACAGGCCAAAGAGGACAUUGACACCGAGAGACUCCAGAAGCUCGCCGCGUUCCAGUUCACUAUCAUGAAACACGCGUUGUCGUUUCCAAAGGCCCGCAAAGUCGUGUACUCCACAUGCUCCAUCCACCCCCACGAAAACGAACGGGUUGUGGUGGACUUGCUCCGGGACGUGGCGGUGCAGGCCCAGGGCUGGCACUUGGCACCCCGGGACCACGUGAUUGCCCUGUGGCCCAGGCGGGGCUGGAAGGAGGAGUUCACCUCGCUUUGUGAGGGGGACGACGACAGGUGCUCCGAGUUGGCGGGAGGCUGUGUGCGUUCUGUGCCCAAGGAGGACGGCGGGAUUGGGUUUUUUGCGGCGUGCUUCGUGAGAGACGAGCAGUAG